AUGAUUUGUGUUCAUACUUUUGUCUCUAUCUAUCCAAUCAGUGUUGCACCCCAACUGCAUGCUUAAUUGCCUACUGUUUGGUUUCUUCCUCAGGAGUUGCAUUUAAGGAAUUCUUCCCAUUUUUUUGGGAGGGGUUUUACUCCUGCCGAAUAUGAGAUAAUUUUUUUUGAAGAUUAGUGUAUUGAAUCCAUAAUUGAUUCGUGUUUUGAAAAAUGGUAAUUUCCAUUUUCCCAGUUGAGAUCAAAUGUAGCUUCUCUGGGAACUUUCUUUCUUUUGGGUCUUCAAAUUGUGAAUUUGUUUCUCAAAUCAAGAAUUGUGCAUGACUACUUGGUAUGUUAAGCAAAAUAGUUGCAUUUCUUUUGUUGUUCCUCUGAAUUAUAGUAUGAGGUUUUGGAGAUCUGAGUAGUAGUAGAUCCAAAUUUGAUCAGCACAAUUUAUCCCUUGUUUGGGAGGGGAGAUGGGUUGCUUAACAUCUAAUAGCAAAAUAGAGAUGUAUGCUGCCGUUUCAAACAGGAUUAUUGUUAUUAUUAUUAUUAUUUUUAAAUUUAAGAAACAAGAAAAGUUGAGAGAAGCUAUGAUGAUCUUAAAUCUAUUUAGCAUUUGGAUGGGAUUUUUAGUACUUGUCUACAUUACUGAUCCAGCUGACAACACUAAGCAUUUUGAGGGAGUUUGGAGUCUGACAUGUUUACCUUACUGAUCCAACACUCGGUUUCAGUUUGUUUGGCGUCUCUCUUUUUAUUCUAGGCACCCAUUUUGUUUUUGAGAGACUGAGCAUACUAGCUAGCUGAUCCAAUUUGAGUUAAUAUGCUGGUGUUUUUCCCUGUAGGUUUAUGGUGGAGAUCAAUCUCUUCUUCCAUUACUGUAGCAACUCAUAACAUGAAAUCUAGCGCAAGUGAGAUGUCCAAAGCACAGAGGUCCAAAUCUUUUCAGAGGGAAGGGCCAAACUGGGUCCUAAUUGCUGGCAGUGCUUUAAUAAGUACCUUAUCAAUUCGUUUGGGCUACAAGCUCAAGCAGGUGCUUGAUGAGAAGGAACAGAACAGUGCCGAUGAUGCUUUAAAAGGAAAUGAAAAUCCUACCGAGCAAAAGAAGUCCAGGAAUUGCUAUUUGCAGUCAGGUUCGAAUUGUUUAGUCCAAGAUGACGAAAACUGCUACAGCUGCCUUUCAGGAACCAGACCCAUGGUGAGACAACAUUGCAAUGACCCAGUGUUGAGAGAUCCCAAAAUGACACUUCCUCUUGUGAUGGUUCCUGCUCCCGAGUUCAGUAAAGAGAAUGGUGAGGCCUGGUUGUCCUCCACUGACCGUCUUGAUCUGCCACAAAAGCCAUUGCACAACUCGAAUAGUUGUGAAUCACUCUGUGUCUCCGAAGCAGGUUCUGAUAUUUUCCUCAAGCGAGAAGUGAUACAAAAGUUGAGACAACAGCUGAAGAGAAGGGAUGAAACAAUACUAGCGAUGCAGGAACAGAUUGUCGAGUUGCAGAGUUCUCUGAAUGCUCAGCUUUGCCAUUCUACCCAUCUUCAGUCUUUACUGGACGUUGCGAAUAGGGAGGUUUUUGAGUCAGAGAGAGAAACACAGAGGCUGAGGAAGGCAAUUACAGAUCAUUGUGUUGGACAAGUGGAUUCUUCUGGCAAUCCCCCAACAGGACGUAUAUGGCCAGUAGAAGGAAGAAAGGAUUUUGCAAAUGGCCAUCGUGAAGUUGAGAAACAUUUGGGAUCUUCAGAGAAGGAGAGAGCAGAUAGGAAACAGAUAGAAAUGCUGAAACAUGAAGUGGAUGGAUUGAAGGAAGCGAUUGAAGGGAAGGAAUACCUAAUCCGGAAUUACAAAGACCAAAAGUCUGAACUCUCUAUGAAGAUCAAGGAGUUGCAGGAGAGGUUGGAUUCUCAACUCCCAAAUAUUUUGUAGGCAGAGCCAUAGCUUGUGUAUUCUUGUUUGGCUUCCAUCCCACUUCUUCUAUUCCCUUAACUUAUUUCAGUUCCCAGACAAUCCCUUCGUUUUCUUUGAUUUUAAUUUUAUUUAGCCUUCCAUCCAUAUUUUUUCUCCCUUCUGUUUGGUGUGCAUAUGUUGAAGGGAAAUUUGAGUUCAUUUCAUAAAACAAUAGCAAGUUCAUCAUAUGGUUUGAUGGAUCUUUUAUUGUUUCUUCUUAACAUUCAAUUUGUUUUGCAUCUGAUUUCCCAUCUCCACUUCUGGCAA